AUGGCUGUGAGAUACUCAUAUGGAAAGUCCAAGCAUGUAGUUGACCUGCUUGAACUGUGUGAUACCUCAAAGGAAUUGGAAGUUGUCAACGUACAGAAAUUGACAUCUUCCAAUAACAGACCUCGAGAAGACAGCUGGUUAAAAUCCUUAUUUGUCCGGAAGGUUGAUCCAAGAAAAGAUGCUCACUCUAAUCUCCUAGCCAAAAAGGAAACAAGCAGUUUAUACAAACUACAGUUUCACAAUGUUAAACCGGAAUGCCUAGAAGCAUACAACAAAAUUUGUCAAGAGGUGUUACCAAAGAUUCAUGAAGAUAAACAUUACCCUUGUACUUUGGUGGGGACUUGGAACACGUGGUAUGGCGAACAGGAUCAAGCUGUUCAUCUCUGGAGGUAUGAAGGAGGUUAUCCAGCCCUCACAGAGGUCAUGAAUAAGCUCAGAGAAAAUCAGGAAUUUGUGGAAUUCCGUAAGGCAAGAAGCAACAUGCUUCUCUCUAGGAAGAAUCAGCUGCUAUUAGAGUUCAGUUUCUGGAAUGAACCUACCCCACGAUCAGGACCUAAUAUAUAUGAACUCAGGUCCUACCAACUCCGACCAGGAACCAUGAUUGAAUGGGGUAAUUACUGGGCUCGUGCAGUUCGUUUCAGACAGGACAAUAAUGAAGCCGUUGGCGGAUUCUUCUCUCAGAUUGGGCAGCUAUAUAUGGUGCAUCAUCUCUGGGCUUAUAAAGAUCUUCAGACCAGGGAAGAUAUACGGAAUGCAGCAUGGCACAAGCAUGGCUGGGAAGAACUGGUGUACUAUACAGUCCCACUUAUUCAGGAAAUGGAAUCCAGAAUCAUGAUCCCACAGAAGACCUCACCCCUUCAGUAAAGCUACAGAAUUUAAAUGUGCCUACAUAAAUUUAUGUGACAGGUAUUUGUCAAGAAUUUUAAUUGUAUGUCAAGUGAGAAACACUGAAGUGUGAACUGCUGUAUAUAGCUUACAAAAGACCUCUUUUCUUUAAAAUUUACAUCAUCACAAGAAAGGAAACUAUUACAGUUUGAUUGAUUGUUAACAGUGCUCUAUAGUCCUCUUUUUGUCAAAUAUAUCUUAAAAUAUUGAGCCACACCUCUCCCACCUCUGGGAAAAAGGACCCAAGGUAAAAUUUGAAUCAUAUCCAAAUAAGAAUCCAACCAUGGGAAAAAAGUUAGCCUUUCCUUUAUAAAAAGCAAAUCUGUUUCGUAAUCACAGAUUUUUGGACAAAUUUCUUGUAUCAGGAAGAAAUACAAAUUUUGUCACAUUUCUCUAGUAUUUUUUCUGAGUCUAGUCUAGGAACAAAUUAUAAGUGUACCCAUUAUCUAAAAAUGUUUUAAUUAUUCACUCUCAUUUUAGAUCAGUCAGUAUAACAACCAGUGUGUCGUUACCAAGGUGGUGGUGGUAGUGGUGGUGGUGGUGGUGGUUGCCAAGGUACAUUCAUCCAGUGACUCAGUCUCCACAUAGUAUAUUGUGAUGUCUCUGUAUGAAAGGGGGGAGAUGGCUUCAAAUGUGUAUAUCAUAUGUGAUUUUGAAAUGGACACCUUGAAUAGCACUAAUUUUUAUUUGUAAUAUUUUUCUAUAACAGGUAGCACUAGGAAAAGAGGUUUUAUUUUCUAAACAAUCAUUGUGACUUCAGACAUUCUCUAGUUAAUAUUCCAGUAAGCUCACAGCAGAUAUUUCUAAGAUCAUGUAUAAGGGGUUGUGCAUGUUGAGAUUUAAAUUUGGCAUAAAGCUGCAUACUUUGUCUAGCUGUUUUAGUUUUUAAAUAUAGUGUGCCAAUUUUGUGACUCUAAUCAUGUGAAAAUCCUGUUAAAAUGAAAAAUUGUGACUCCCAAAUUAAAGAGUUCAUGUGUUAAAAAAAAAAAAGUGAAUAAAUCUAUCAAAUGUCAGACUUUUACAUGUGAAUUAUUUUCUCCAAAAAUAUGUCAAUAAAAUCCUCUUAAUUUUCACAUA